GAAUAAAAUGUUUUAAUCCCGAAGAAUUAGUAAAGCCACGUUUUGAUUGACGAAGGCGUCCGUUUUUAGCGGCCUGGCCCCUUCUGGAUCCGCUUCCUCUUGGAGAUCCCCCCUCCGCUGAGAGGCGCAGUGUCUGCGCGUCGGUAGGCACUGUCAUCCAUCCUGACAACCCGGGUUUUUUUCUCUCUUGGAGAGGAGAAGUUGGCAGAGGGAUGUUCCGGCGGUGAUGGCGCUGCAGCUGAGGGAUGCAACAGCGUUUUAUCAGAGCGCAGAAUACUACAGAAACUACACGUCGCCUCCUGUCAGCUACGGUGACAGCAGCCAUUAUCUUGCGCGCCUGCCAGGUCCAGAAACCAUGCUGAAACAUCCUCUAAGGCUCUUCAGCCAUCCCCAGCAGCCGCUCCAUUACAUCGACUCUCUCCGCCAUUUGGGACCUCCAACUAUGGCGCCUACACAGCCUCUUGGCCCGCCACCUAUUGCCCCUACUCAAACAAUUGGACCCCCAACUCUGGCACCCACCCAGAGUCUUGGCCCUCCUCACAUAACGGCUGCCCAUACAUUAAGGCCUCCGUCCAUUACCCCACCACACACCUUAGCCCCACCUCCGAUGCCUCCAGCUCAGCCACUGGGCCCUCCACCAAUGGCACACACUUUAAGACCCUCACCUGUAGAUCCCACACAAGCAAUAAUACCUCCCACUUUGAACCUCACACAGUCACUGGGGGCUCCACGUCUCACCCCCGCCCAAGCACUGGCACCCCCUCCCGUCGUGGCACCUCCAGCCAGAUUUCCCCUGCCUCCUAGUUCUUUGUGCUCAACUCCUGCUCCAGAUCCCGACCCUUCACAGAUGCCCCCAAGGCCCCCAGUACUGGCUCUCAACCCAGUCCCAGUUUCCAGCUACGUCUGCGGUCCUGUUCCCGGUCAGGCCGCACCAGCCAAUGAACAGCCCCAAGAUGAAGGCUCCUCGCUGGGGAUGGAAGAGCACGAGGACUCUCUGGGGCUGGAAGAACUGUGCAAACCACUGUACUGUAAACUCUGCAACGUUACACUAAACUCUCCUCAGCAGGCAAACGCUCACUACCAGGGAAAGAACCACAGUAAGAAAAUAAGAAACUUCUACGCUGGCAGUCAGCAGCCACCAGCCGUUAGGAUCCCAGAAGCGCUGGAAGGAGCUGGUCAGGCUGUAGGAUCAGGAUCUACUGACAGUGAUGCAGGCAAGCAGGCUCUGUAUAAGGGGGCACCCCGGGUCAUCUUGGCCACAGAGAACGACUACUGUAAAUUGUGUGACGCCUCCUUUAGUUCGCUAGCCGUUGCACAGGCUCACUACCAGGGCAAGAACCAUGCCAAGAAGCUGCGACUGGCUGAGGCCCAGCAGAACUCCUCCAGCAUGGAAGGCGGCAAUGACGCAGCAACGAGGAAAAACAGGAAAGAUGGCAGUGAAUACCGUCUGGUGAAAAAUCGCCGCAGCCCACAGCUUUCUGCUGCCAUGCCAGGGCCUUACUACAACCCCAGACCGAGGCAGCGCAUCCCCAGGGACUUGGCCAUGUGCGUGACUCCCAGUGGACAGUUCUACUGCUCCAUGUGCAACUGUGGAGCCGAGCAGGAGACGGACUUCAGGCAGCAUCUGGAGAGCAAACAGCACAAAGCCAAAGUCUCAGAGCUAAGAUAUCGCCAUGAGAUGGAGAACCUUGGCUACAGCUAAGGGGGGAGGGACAAGAGGUGGAUGGUUCAGUCACCAGAGCCAGUGGAUGUAAAAUUUGCCUUAUGACUGAGGGACUUAUUAAGGGUGAAUUUUUACCCUCAAAGAAGCCAUUAAUUCUUGUUUAUUAUGUGGAUCCAACAUGAAAACACAAACAUUUAAAUAUGUAACUGUAGCCCAACGGUAGAUCGAUUUACUUUAACAGUUGCUCUGAUGGACCGUCCAGUUCUACUCUGCUCUAUAUGUGUACUGUACUGACUUCAUUUAGACUUGCUGCUGAAAAUAACUUAUUGAAAAUCAUUUUUUAUCAAAUAGAUAGAAAAAAGUCUCUUCUUGGUACUGAAUGAAACACACAGACUGUUUCUGGUUUACUCUCCUUCAAAUCGCCGUGUUCGUUUCAUUCUGACUCAGGUUUUAAAGGAAGAAAAAAAAGAAAAUCUUGUUUUGAUUUGGAAAUCUGAAGAGGGCUAGUGGUCCACAGGAAGCAUUUGUAGGAAAGGAACUGCAGGAAGGAGUGAGAAUGUAGGGAAAAAAGCAAUCAAAGGACACCUUUUAAAUUUGUUGUGUAUGAAAUGGUGUCGGUACAGGAUCUGCUCGGGUGCAAGAUCGGCUCGGGGUCCUUCGACUGACGAUGACGUCAAAGUAUGGCAAACCCACUCAGACAAAAUACACUACACAUCUUUAUACUGUUGGAAAAUUUAGCAGUUUCGUUAUUAAAAUAAUGUUUCUUAAGACGUAAGUUUGUGUUUAUAAUGGUAUUUGUAAAAUAAAACACUAUUUUGUAUUCAUAAUGUUGAACUCCUCUUUGAGCACAUCCCUUGAAGGAUCAUAGGUAUUAGCAACACCUGUGAAAUUGUAUUUGCAGGAAAGAAGUGUGUCCUGUUUAUUGAAGUAUUUUGUGUUUAGAGUUUUUGACGUCUUGUCCAUGUGUAGUUCAGUUACGCUCAUAGCUGCUAGCCAAAACUCUGUCUUUAAUUAUUUGAUUGAUGGUAGUUUUACUUUCUAUUAGACUCCAAAUGUAAUCAUUUGGCACGUUUCUACUUCAUAAUUUGUAAGAAUGUAAUCUGUGAUAUUAGCAUUAGCAUUCCUAUGGGUUUUUCCAUGUAUAUUAGCAUUGCGCUAACCACUCGCUGCCAAAUUGCAGCCUUUGCGAUUAGAAAAUCUCCUUUUGUCACAUCGCAAUUUAAUUGCACAUGCAGUUAAUCGUUCAGCCCUAAUAUACAUGCAGCUCUGUGCUAAAAGUGUAUUUUCAAAGAGGCAAUGAUGGAACGUGAUAACAACGUAACGUGAUUAUGUAACUUCCGUAAGAUUCAUGUUCAGCCAAUCAUCUACUUUGAUGUCAUCGGCAGUCGACGGACCCCGAGCCGAUCUUGCACCCGAGCAGAUCUUGUACCGACAACGGCACUGCAAGUAUUUUUCUACAGGUCCUGCAUAGCCAAGCAUAUUGACUGAAACCCACACAGAGGAGCUAAUUAAGCAUUUAAAACAUAGCUAAGGCUAAAAAAGAAAGAAAUCCAAAGUACUUCUAGCUAAUUUUAGAAAAAAGACAAAGCACAAUAGACGAAGACUUUAUACUUAUAUAAAUAUUGUUUUAAAGUGCUUGAAAAAAAACUAUACCAGUGUUAAAUGAAACUGUGAGCUUUGGCGAGUAAUUUGGCCACAGGCCUUGGUCAACCAUUUUUUGCAAUUUAGGUGAAUUAGAUCUGAAAAGGUGAUUCUCAUAAUAAAUACUAUAAAUAUUAUGUAAAUAUUACUGAAUCAUAUUACACUUGUACAUAUAAUAUAAUAAAUAGGUUUUGAUUCACGUUAGUCUCUUUAUCUAAUAUAAGAUCUUAUAAUUGUUUUAAUAGUUAUCAGGAAUCCUGCAAAGGGACUUGAGUCUCAGCACAUAUGUUUAGUGUUGCUUUCAGUUGACCCUUCUCACUAUUUUGAAUUACCUCUGGUCCCAUCAGCGUUUAACUGAAAACUGCUUGCUCCCUCAUUAUGUCUGCAUGAGGCAGAAGAGGCUGCCUCUGAAGCGAAACCAUUUCUGAUUCAGGUACGACCUGAAUCAACUAAACAUUUCCACAAGUCCACCUCCACAGUCAAACCCAUUCAACUCCAAAACUUUAAAUUACUUUAAAAAUAGCAAAGCCCAUGGAUAUCUCUAAAUGUUUGCAUUUGUUAUUUGUUUAGUCAACACUGAUUCCCAGAGAAGACAGAAUGACCAGGUCUUGUUGCACUGAUGGACUGAGUUAUUCUAUCAGUGCCAAAACACACCAUUGUACAAAAGGUGAAUUAUGUAAGAAUGAUGUGAGAGUGACAUCCUGUGGUCAAAUGUUGGUACUGCAGUCCAAUUUUCUAAACUGGAAAAAACUUCUGGGUCGCUCCUGUUGACUUGCUUUGGUUCUUUAAACAACUCUGGAGCUUUUUGCCUGCCAGUGUUGAAUUACAAAUGCCGGCACUGCAGCAAAAGCUCGAUGCAGACUUCACAAUCCUGCUUGCUCCAAGAUUGUAACAACGACUAUGUCCCUCUUUAGGCAUGUUGAAAGAGGAAAACCAACAACGAAAAAAUGAAUGCAAGUCAAUGGGGCUAAAAACUCAAUUUUCUAAUUCCACCUGUUAUGUGCUAUGGAUUUCACAUAUGACGUCCGUUAGUUUCAUAGAAGUAUUUUGAUAUCAAGAAAGCGCUAUUUUAGGUUUUGUGUGAAAAUAAGUCCAGAACUAGAAAUGCGCUUCACGAAAGUGACGUCAUCGAACCAGACACGGAGAAAACACAGGGAAAAGGGCUGUAAGUUCAGCAAACUUCAAAUCCUUCCUUCAGAAGGAAAGAACCACCAUAAAACUGGCCAAGUGGUAAGUAGCAGCUAAGCUAAGGGAGAGGAGAUCCUGUGGUGAUGUCACAUAUGGGACGUGCCGAUGUUUUGUUUGUAGUCGUGCUAAUUACCAACUUUUACAAGCUGAUAUAUCUCAAAGUGCAUGGCAUGCAUGGUCGAAACACCCAUCAUUGGUUUUCAUUUAAAUUGCAGUACAACAUAUGUGUGAUCCAGGGCGUAAGGCAAAGCAGAUUAGAAAAUAGCGUUUUUAGCCCCGUUGACUUGCAUUAAUUUUUCCGUUCUUCCGGGGACCCGUGAGCCGACCGGAAAGGGAGGAGACUUAGGCUCUCUAUAAACAUUAGACUGUUGUGUGAUUAUUUCACUGUUUCACAACUCUUACAUAUUGUACCUUUAAUGAAUAAUAUUUUUAAAAUAAUCAAUUACUUAAUUUGUUUGCACACUGAUAUCCAGCCAAGAUGCCUAAGUGGGUCCCAUAUAGAUAUAUAUGGGCAAACCAUAUGGGUGCCAACAGGGUUUGCAUGCGGUUUCCAUGUGAUCCCACCGGGAUUUUCCCACAAAGACUUUAUGUAUGAGUCCUACCAUCUGGGUCCCUCUGAAAACCCAUGCAGGUCUGUUGAAAUUUAUGUGGGCAACCCCCUGUGGAGCCAUCAUGGAAACCAUGGACAAACCCUGUUGGCACCUAUACGGUUUGCCUAUAUAUAUCCAUACGGGGCCCACCUAUGCACGCCGGUUGGGUACAGGUUAAAUUGUAAUAAGACACCCUUUAAUAUUUUUCAUUUACUUAAAACAAUAGUUCUAUUAAAUAUGUGCAUGGGAAGAAAACUGUCAAAAUCGCACCGAUGUGUUGAAAAGUGAAAAAGAAAGCAUCUUUUUGAGUUUGCCGUAGGGAGCGGCGACUGUUCUUUUAUUUGAGCUCAAACGCACACCUGACCACAAGGUACUCAGGAGAAUAAUGCUGUCAGGAAAACACAGUUUGAGGGAUUUCAGCUACGAGGAGGGAAGAGACAAAGAAAGUGUUUAAUCAAAACGGAACAACGAUGAGCUGAUGAAAGCACAGCUGCAACCCAAAGUGUGGGUGAGACACGGCUAGUGAAGGUUUUUUGUUUUUAUGUUCGAGUAGCAAUCUUUUGAAAGCACUCCUCCUAAAAAUAACUCUUUUGUCUCUCCGGAAAGCUCUGGUAGCAUAACUUUUUUAAAAUUUUGUUGACAGAAUCUUGAAUUGAAAAUGAUUUUCACACCCAGUGAAGCUACUGAACAGGCAGCACAGGUUUGGGAAUUAAAAAAAUAAAUAAACUGCAGAGAAAAGGUGGGGAUGAGGGAAUGCUGAAAGUGACAAGCCAAACUCAAACGACAGCUUUCUGAAAACCCUUUGAUUCUGUUUAAAAUGACAUCUGGACCUUCUACUAGAGUAUGUUUUGUCACUAAAACUUAAUUAUUUCAUUUAGAGCUGUCCUUACAGGUUAUAGCCAUAAUAUUAACAUGAGUUAUGUGCAGUUUAACCAAAGACAGAUUUCUUGGACCUUAUGGACACAACGGGCAUUUACAAUAAAAAUACAGAUUAUUUACCUUUUACUGGAUGAGAGACACAAUGUAUAUCACAUGUCACUUGUGUUUAUUUGUUGCAUUGAUUAAAAUAAAAUCCUCAGAUUAUGAGUGAAAUAAAUAUUCUAGCUCUGAUCAAAACCACGGGCCCAGCUCACGGAAAAUGGGUACAAAUAAAAUUUGCAUCAGUGCACAUGCUUCCAACGCAAAUUAUAAUUGAAAGGAAAGGCAAAAAGUAUGAAAUGAUCUAAUAUUCCAUAAGAAAACAACAAAACAAAAAUAAUGGUUGAUUACAUUCAAGGUUCAGGUUAAGCAUGUUUUUACUUCUACGCCUGUGUGUCAUGAAAGAGUGAGUGGAUGUUUAAGGGCAUGUUGAGAUUUUAGAGUUUACACAGGCACAUACACUACUGAUGUAAAUUUAUUGUAUUCACAAAAGAACAAAAACAGUCAUUCUUAAAAAAAAGUACAAGCAAAUGUUUGCACAACUCUUAAUUUUCAUUAUUAAUUUGUCACUAAACUGAUUUAUAAAAGAGCCCCAUGACUAUCAAGUGCUAUUAAAAGAAAGAUUAAUGAGCCUGGAAGAAAAAUAACCACAGUUUGUCGCUAACGAGCUAAAACGCCACAUCAACAAAGUGCUGAUGCUGCUUCGUGGCAGUGAAAUGUAACUGCACUGAAAAACGUCCAGAAAUGUUUCAAACUCUUAGAAUAAAGGAGAAUAUAAAUAAAUCCUCAUGAUUGUAGUUUAUUAGAUGCUUAUGAAAUGUUUUGAUUUGAAUGUUCAUUUUCUGGUUGGAGAGUAAUUAGAAUAGAAGUAUUAAUAUAAAAAAAGUAAUCACUGUUAUUAAAGCUAAACUUUGUGUUUUGUUGGAAAUUGUUGCACCAUUUGAAUUGUUAUUUUAAUGCAUGAGUCCCAAGUUACUAAUGUCUGCUGAGAGGAAGUUUGAUGAUGCUCCUUAAUGAUGUUUUGAUCAACGUUAAAUGAAGAAACACAUUUAAGAGUGACUGCUUGAUAUUUAGUAUCUCGUGUCAGAGUGAGUCCCCGUUGACUCGAUGAUCGCUGGCAUGUGUUGACACCAGAAGAAGGCAGAAAAUUCUCAUUUUCACCGACUUUUAAAAGGGCAUUGGUGUUUGAACAUUUAAGUAUUCUGUUCUGUGUUGUUGGGUUCAAGUGAACACUUUGCUAUCCUUAUAUACCUCUUAGUAUUUUCCAAGAAGUUUGAUCUGUGUAUUAUACUUGUUCAUUUAUCCAUGCACCAUAAUGCUAAACGAAUCUGAUGACUGCAGCUGGGCAACAAUCAGAGGUUAAUUUCAAAAUACGGGCAUCCUUGAAUUUGUUGCCAGAGGUUGAGCCUCAAACAGCUCAAACUUAUUUCAUUUUUGUGUUUUUUAUAUGUUGCCCUGACAAGAAAAUUCUUAAUAUAUCUCCAGUCUUCUAUUUGAGGCAUGUACAAGCCAAGAAAUCUCAAACAAACCGUAGCAGUAGCAAAAGAUGUUGCUCUGCAGAUCCGUCUAGCCACGAUCCAUUGUAGCCUGCGCAGGUCUACCAUUGACCCAAAUUUUAGGCCUGUCCAAUCACAGCAGAGCGUUUUUUAUGAUGAUGGCAGAGCUAUGAUGGAGCAAAACAACAAAAAUGGUGGCGGCUCUGGAACGCCGCUCAUUCGAAACAACUUGCCAUCGGUGCCAUCUCUGUAGUUUUUCUUUGUCGCAGCUCUAGCGUUUAGCUCACCUAACAUAUUUAGAGCGUUGUGAUUGGCAAGACACAAAACUGGUUUGAUGGUAGACCUGCUGAGGCUAGCAGCUAGUUAAAGUUAAAGUCAUCACCACACACUGGUGUGAAUUACAGUCACCACAUCCCUGUGGGGCACGGUGAGCUGCAACUAUUGGGUGGUUUAACCCCCCAAUCCGAUCCUUUAAAGCUGAGUGUCAAGCAGGGAGGCAAAGUCUUUGGGAUGACCAGACUGGGAUUUGAACCCCAAUCUCCCAGUCUCAGGGCGGACACUCCAGCACUAGGCCACUGAGAAGGUCAGCUAAAUUGACCUGCAGAGCAGACCUGCAACCGCAACGGUUGGUCUAGAUUCCUGGCCAGUGAUCAUCAGUAGAAAGACCAUUAACUCCUCGGACCUCUUGAAGUGACCUAGCAGAACCUGUUAGCUUUAGGUUUUUCCCAAAAAUGUGGAAACUUGCAAAAAUAAAUAAAUAAAUAAAUAAAUAAAUAAUGGAGCUGAUAGCCGUUUUACAGAAAGGUAAACAUUAUCUGUUGUAGAUUUUCUGGUAAUAUCCAUUAAUCUAAUCUGAUUCAAAUCUUUUUUUAUUUAUUUAUUGGUAUGCGUGCCCACUAAUUUGACUUUGUAUCCUACUUAUGGAAACAUUAAUCAAAACCAUGCAACAUCAUCAAGCAUGCGUAUCAGAAAUCAGAACCUCCCACCUUUAUUUACACCAGGGGCCCUGGACUUUCUUGCAGCGCCCCUGAAGGACAGCAUACAGCUACUCCUGGGAUCUUUGUACAAACCUCAGCACACUUUUUAGUGCCUCUGAACAACGUAACAAACAAAAUUUUACCGUGUGGAUGGAUGGCUACACAGCCGAUGCUGAUUUCUCUGUAUGUUUGUGCUUUCUGACGGAUGAAUAAACAUGCAGAUGAUAACAAC